GUGUCCUUUCCCAGCGCAGUGCGGAACGCCGGCGGACGCCCCAGCUAGCAAGAGCCUUUCGCAGACCACGAUCGAAGAACACAAUCGCAGGAGAUUUGUAUAUCUCGGAUUAAAAGAAAUAUUUCAACAUGCCUGUGGACGUUCUAUCUUUUGCUAAGGAUUUUUUAGCUGGGGGUGUCGCGGCGGCCAUCUCCAAAACCGCCGUAGCCCCAAUUGAAAGAGUAAAACUCUUACUGCAGGUUCAGCAUGUAUCUAAACAGAUCUCAGUGGACAAACAGUAUAAAGGUAUUGUCGAUUGCUUCGUGCGUAUCCCCAAAGAACAGGGAUUUCUAAGCUUCUGGCGUGGUAACCUAGCCAAUGUUAUCCGAUAUUUUCCUACCCAAGCCCUUAAUUUUGCCUUCAAGGACAAAUAUAAACAGAUCUUCUUAGGCGGCGUUGAUAAAAGGACGCAAUUCUGGAGAUACUUCUUGGGGAAUUUAGCAUCUGGUGGAGCAGCUGGUGCCACAUCUCUCUGCUUUGUCUAUCCCUUGGACUUUGCUAGGACCCGAUUGGCAGCUGAUGUAGGAAAAGGAGCAGCCAAUCGUGAAUUCAGUGGUCUGGUCAACUGUCUCGCAAAGAUCUUCAAAACCGAUGGCCUUCUCGGGCUGUAUCGUGGUUUCAGUGUAUCUGUGCAAGGUAUUAUUAUCUACAGAGCAGCCUAUUUUGGCUUUUAUGACACCACGAAAGGCAUGCUCAAGACCGACCCCAAGAACACCCCUAUAAUAGUUUCUUGGGUCAUUGCCCAGUGCGUCACCAUGGUGUCCGGCAUCAUUUCCUAUCCAUUCGACACCGUCAGGCGGCGUAUGAUGAUGCAGAGUGGUCGAGCCAAAGCCGAUAUGCAAUACAAAAACACCUUGGAUUGCUGGAUCAAAAUUGGCAAGCAGGAGGGACCUACCGCCUUCUUCAAGGGCGCACUGUCAAACAUCAUUCGUGGCUCUGGAGGCGCUUUAGUCUUGGUCCUCUAUGAUGAAAUUAGGAAUUUCCUCGUUUAAAUUAAAUUAAAUUUAAAUUUUCAAUGAAGCUUUAGGCACAUUAAAUAAACACAUUAAAUGAAUCAUUAAUUUGUAGUAUUAAAUCUUUGGGAACACAAGACUGUUUUUGUUGGAAUCAGAUCGAGGGAACUUUUGAUAAGAAAGAAGCUAAAUAUGCUACUAAAGGGCAGUGUAAGGUAGUACUUAUCAUUUCGUUUUAAGAGUAUUUCAAUAUUAAUUUUGACCGGUGAAAAAGAAAUAAAUUCUGUACCAGAUUAUUACUCUUAACAUCCAUCUUUAACCAAAAUAUUUAUUAAAAGAACCCUCAUCAUCCACAUUGUAGAUAAUUUUUCAACCAUCGUAUUGAAUUGUUUACAAGAUCACAGUUGCUGGAUAUAGAGACGCGAUAAAUAACCGCCGUUAGAUUUAGCUUUCAAAAGUAUGAUACUGUAUUGCUUUUCGCGUGGUUGUAAAAGGAAUGAGUAUUUAAGUUAGUUUGUGACAUCCCUAAACAUUUUCCUUUUUGUCAUGGAAAAGAGACAAAGUGUUCUGUUAUAGAUGUAUAUUGUUUAAUAGAUGAGAAAACAAGCACUUUGUUUUCUGCUCUGAAUUAUGUAACUGCCACUAAAGAGUUACGUAUUUGUCAGAAUCAUUGUGCGAAUAAAUAAAUAUCUUGUGAUAUUACUAUAUUAAUGUGUUAUUCCUUUUUAAGCUAAAAUGAGAAUUGUCUGAUAGUUUUCAUUAAGAUUUCUAGAUUUUGUAUAUCGUUUAAAUGUGGAAAAAAUAGCAAAUAAUGUGCAUAAUUUAAUUUUACUUGAUUAAAUAAUGAAUCUUUUGUAAAAAUGAGUUGCUAUUAUACUUUAAUGGCAUAUCCUUAGUGAACUGAAGUUAUAAGGUAUUUCUCCCGCCUUCCUAGCGUGCCUUCGUGGUAUAGUGGUUCUGCACGCUGGGCCCAGUAUUCCAGAGGUCCGUGGUUCGAUUCCCGGCGAAGGCGAUUGCUCAUUUUUCAUCUCUCCGGCUUUUCCAAUUCACCUAAUGUCUCUACAAAGUAUUUUGUUACUUGUUUUUGAAACUUCGAAGUAUUUUGAAACCUGGUUUAUUAAUGUCAUGUCAUAUUAUUUCAUUCUGAAACUCAUGAAGAGUUCAAUUUCUGUUUAUACAAGACAAUCCGAUCCAAAGUUUUAUCGUACCAGAAAUGUAAUCAAGCACGAUCUAAUUAAUGAUUGAUCCUACAAUUAAUAUAACUUUAUAUAUUAAUUAUUCUUUAUUACUACAUCCUAUUUUUUCUAAAAAAUUUUCAUUAGAAUGAUACACAUUUCUUCAAGCCAUGACUAUCAAUUUCAAAACAAAUUCAUCCUGACAUUUAACAUAAUAGAUAUAUAUUAAUAAAAAGUGCAAUUCUUUGUUGUUGCGAUAAUCAUAUUUUUGUUUUAUUUGGGCCAUAUAUUUUUGUAGCUGCAAUGUAGAGACAUACAAAAUGUAUUAUCUUGUUCUAAGAAAGGAAAGUAUUUGCGGGUGCACAUCAUAUAAACGGAGUAAAACAGAUAUAGCGGUAGUAAACUGGCUAUUAUUGUAAAAAAAUAAAUAAAAAAAAAAUUGUAUUUGGCUGAUGAAAAAGUACACAUUACAGAUGAAAGUAAAGAGGGGACUUUCAUUAUAGAGCUCAAUUCCAUUAGAAGAGCAGCAAAUUCUUACCAAAUCGUAAUCCCGGAAAAAGCUUGGAGGCUUGUAAGCAUAUAAUGGUUGUGCGGCAAGGGGACUUCCAAAAGUACCCAGCGAACUAAAUCCUCUCCAAUGGUUGGCUGUAGGGGCAGAGGGGUGGGAGAACGGAUCGCACCCAGAAGUGUUUUUUCUCGAGUACCUUAGGUCGGAAGCCUGCCUGAAGUGGUAUGAUGUAAUGUAAUGCUCUUCGUAAUUCCGUCUGGGAUGGAACCUUAGCAGUCAGCAAGGCCCUGCGAUACCUAAUAUGCCUAGCCGGAUGCACGAGGAUUCCACAUGCUUCAACCUGUACCUAAUUAGAAUGCUGUAUAUAAAAGUAUUAAUACUUCAGAGCUAGUAAUAUCUUUUCUUACGAUCAUUUUUCCAGUUAUUUGCUAAGAUCAUAAAUUGUUUGGCUUCCAGCCGCUUCUGUUGCCUUCAGCAUUAUUAUACUGAAGCUUGAAACUAAAGCUUUAUAAUAUAUUUUGCUUGGAAAACUAAUGAAAUAUAUUUUCUCCAGAGAAGAAACCGGUGCAAUAACAUUCCCGAUAUCUGCUUCAACCAUCAAUAAGGUUCACUGCUGGACUUAAAGAAUGUAAAAUUGGGAUUUCGCGAGACUGUAACUGUAGAGACUGUAGCUUGCUUUAUAUAACAGCUUGUAUUUUCUGCUGGCAAAAUAAAAGGAAUAAAGUUUGCGUAAUGCCAUCUACAUUGCAAUUCACAAUGGUUACUGUCAGUGGUUUCUUCUUAUCAGUGACCUUACUUUAAGGAUUUCUUCAUGUAAUCUCUUUCACAUGUCUUCAUCAACGCUAUAGUAAUAAAGUAUACAUAUUUUCAGUGUUGAACAGUUAACAUUUCUUGUCGCUGUAAGACAUAGAUACCGAUUAUCUCAGGUGACGUCAUAUUAGAUGUUAUCAAAAUGUUCAAUAAAAUGGCGGCUGCAUUAUGAAAAACGGGCAUAUUCACAAGAGAAAACAAUAAACUAUGAAACAAAAUAAUACUUACAGACAGGCACUUUUAUUACCUUACUUAUUUUAUACCUAAGAUCAGUUUUAUACCUUCUUUGGGAAAAAGUUUAUCUUUCACCUUUUUUAUUUAUCUUUUCUUUUUUUUUUCUUUUUUUCCAAAGAGCAGUUUGUUUCGGGAUUAAUUAAAAAAAAAACUUAUUGAUACCUAUAAUGGGCCGUUAAUGCGUAACAUAUAUUGAAAUUGGAGUCAAAAUUUAUAUACAACAACAUAAUCACGCAUAUUAAACUAAUUAAAAUUACAAUAAUUUAUAUGCAUAGGUUUGUAUAUAUAUAUAAAUAAAGAGAGAGAGAGAGAGAAAUAAUAAAUAAAACAGAACAAUUAAGUUAUCAAAUCACGUACUGUGAUCUACAAUAGUUCAGUCGCAAUAAUUAAAUUCCACGUAAAUUCAAAUAUAUUCCAUUCUGCUAAAAACUUUGGGGUCAGAGAAUCUGCAAGCAACCUAUAUCAAUGACACCAGAGAAAAAUCUUCAAAAAUCAAAAUCUCGCGCAAAUUCUAAACCAUAGUCAAAAAACAAAGAACCAAACGAGAGCAAUCCCUAAAUGUCUUGACUGACCCACGCAGCGUGCAAAAAAAAAAAAAAAAAAAAAAAAAAAAAAAAAAAAAAAAA